UUGACCCACUGGGAACCAUGGGGACACGAAGGGGAAUGUCCACAUGGGUGCUGAUGUGGAUGAUGAUAUCCAUUGGAUAUGGCUCUAUGCAGAAAGGCAGUCAGCAACAAACUCAGCAACAGACUGAAGACUAUGACUAUGGUGGUCCCACAGAUGGCCCGCCUAUUCCUGGUAAAAAGGUUACAAUUAUCCCUUCAAUGACCAAGAUAACAACAAUAGGAGGCGUGAGCCCAGCGCACAAUGGCCAGGUCUGCAGCACAUGGGGUAACUACCACUUCAAGACCUUCGAUGGGGACGUUUUCCAGUUGCCGUCCACCUGCAACUACAUCCUGACCUCCCACUGCAAGAGCACGUAUGAGGAUUUCAACAUCCAGCUGAGGCGCCAGGUGGUGGACAAGCUGCCCGCCAUCAGCAAGAUCACCUUGAAGCUGGACGGGACAGUGGUGGAAUUCUCCAAGGACUCCAUCAUCGUCAAUGGAGAGACAGUCCCCCUGCCAUUCAGCCAGUCUGGUGUUCUCAUUGAGAAGAGCUCCUCCUAUAUCAAGGUCACUGCCAAGCUGGGUCUCGUUGCCAUGUGGAAUGAGGAAGAUGCCUUCCUGGUGGAAGUGGAUGAAAAAUACCGAAACCAGACCUGUGGGCUGUGUGGGGACUUCAAUGGGGUCCAGCUCUAUAAUGAGUUCAUUCAAAAUGGCAUGAAAGUAUCUCCAUACGACUAUGGAAACUUCUGGAAAAUGGAUGGCCCAACAGAAACCUGUGUUGAACCCACACCAGCAUCUGAUGACAAAUGCUCAGACCUGACACCGAUAUGUGAGCAGCUUCUGUCCAGUCCUGCAUUUAGCAGCUGCAAGGGCCUGAUCUCGAUUGACUCCUUUGUCCAGUCCUGCGUCAAGGACAUGUGUCACUGUGGCAACAGCACCAGUGCCUUCUGCCUCUGCAACACUCUUUCAGAAUACUCACGCCAGUGUGUGCACGCUGGAGGGAAGCCCAAGCAAUGGAGGACUGCCGAGUUCUGCUCUAAGAAGUGCCCUUUCAAAAUGGAGCACCAGGAGUGUGGGAUUCCCUGUGCUGACACCUGCUCUAACCCAGAGAGAGGACAGCUGUGUGAAGACCACUGUACAGACGGCUGCUUCUGCCCCCCAGGUAGCCACUGCAUUCACUGGCUUUAA